GACCGUCAGGGUUCAGGUCCGAGUUUUCGCGUCGAGCUCCAACCGCGCAACGUGCACACGACCACGCUGCCACGAGCGAGGACAACACGAAGAGGAGUGAAAUCGACUGCCUUCUCUGAGACACUGAACCCGUGCGGGAUCUGGAUCGUCGUCCGUAGUGCCGAUCGCGGAAGAAUUGUAUUUGAAAUUGAAAGGCUCGAGGUAAUCACCCGAAGAGAAGGGUCAGACGGGAUCCGAACGAUUGACACCUCCAUCGCAAGAAUCGUUCGCGACGUGUUGGUGAAAAGCUAGUGUUUGUGGACCAGAAAGAUAGUGAUCAGGGGGGUUUAAACUUGCAGCUGCGUGCGCCGAUUUGUCCGGCCUAUCAGCACGUGGCCGCAGGGGUGGGACUUCUUUCGGUGCGCCUCGCGGGACAGUUGAGCGCGGUAAACUUUGUGACAGUUGGCCAGUGAAACGUGCGAUCAAAAAAUUACCAGUUAAGAAGUUGACUCUGUUAACAAUUGCGUCCCUCCAUCACGAGCCAUUUAACAAAUCACGGUGGUAAUCGCUCACGUGACUCAUCGCUUCGAUUUGCGAAGUUGCGUUUACCGAACGUGAAUUAGGAAUAAAUGCGUGGAAACGUCAAAUCGCGACAGGUGCGCAGAACAGGUGAAACAGAAUUAAUCGAACGGCGAUUAAAAGACUCGAUGACAUUGGCGUGAGUGUCAGGAUCGAUCUACCGGCUCCAAAAAGGGACCUUGGAUUGGGUGUAUGCUAUUGCUGAGCGAAAGAAAGCGAAACAAGGACUACGGCUCUAAUAAGCUUCUAAUUAUCGUGACAGAUGCGCUGAUAAUUACGACGCGCGCGUGAUCAUCACGUGGACACGUCAGUGUUUUUCAACGCAAAAUUACACGUUACGGACAACAACUACGUAGUGCAUGGUUUGACGCGCACAAAUAGAAUAAUUAAAAGCACAUUACACGGAAACGCGUGUGCUAUCUACCGAUUAUCUGGCCGGUGACGCGCCGAAGCAUCCCGUGUCAAGAAUCGAACUAAAAGCAUCCUUUUUUUUUUAAAUCAAAACACUCCCGGAAAACAGAGUUCGAAAGUUUUUAAUCCAUUCGUCGUUUUCCAAAUUUCUUUCAAUUACGAAUAUCGCCUUAGGCGGCUACAACACGAAGAGGUGGGAUCAAUCGAGCCGGUGUUUUAUGAAGCAACGGGGCAAUUAACUGUUUGCUUCUUGAUCACUCCUAAUUACUCGCAAUUAGCCGUUGUAAUUAAGUAGGCUGAUGUCACCGGCGGCUGAUGUAUCAGUGAAUCGUUCGUUUCUCGACGUCGACCCGCCACUUCUCUCCAAACGGCCUGUUAAUAUUCGCCGUAGGAAAAUUACCGGAAGAUCGUGAAACACGCGAGGGAGGUGAGGAGCUCUCGCUCACCAGAAGAGAAGGAGCUCUCGAAGGAAAUCAAGACGGGUCAGCCGGGUGUAAACCCGGCAUCGGAGAAGGAACGAGGGCAAGGCAGACGACGACUGAUCGGCGGAGAUCGGUACGACCGCGGCGGAAUUGCACCGUGGCGGAGAUAAAUAACAACCGUUAAAUAAAUCCGCGUCAGGACGACGUCCCAAAUACAUCAGUCACAGAUCGCCUUAGAUUACGAGUCCCCGGGAUGCAAGGCUGACAUGGCGGAGGGUUCGGCCGAGGAGGAACAGAGCAGUACUGCUGCGCCCGCUUCCCCGCCAGCUGAUCUUCGCACUCUGAACACCCAAUUGUCACCGCCUUAUCACCACCAGCCCCAUCUCCAGCCUCGUCUUCAACAUCUGCAGCAUUCCAACAUGCUGGCGACCGCCGUACCGCCCCGGCACAGCCACAGUAUGCUGUCUCAUCAGGUGAAAGCGGAGGCAGACCUGGACGGCCCCUGCGAUGUGCCAUUGAAUCUCAAGAGCGAGGACAGCGACAGGAGUAGCGCUGGAAGUCCCGAACCGGCGACAGGUGGUGGUUCACUCCACGAACAUCAAAUGAUGAUAGAUGACAUGAAGAAUUCACGGAAGAGACGGCGAAGUCCGUCACCUGAAAAUCUCCAUCAAGCGAAACGUGCGGCGGUCGCGCAAGCUCACCUAAACGGGACAAUGGCCGGUAUGGUGACACUUCAGAAUCUUCAGAAUUUAGCGAAUUUGCAAAAUCUUCCACAAGUCGCGUCAUUGGCCGCCGGUCUUCAGGGAAUGACAGCGGGAUUAACUAAUAAUCAGCUGAUCAAUACUCCAUUGAAUUUAACUGUCAGCUCGUCAGGCGGAACGAUACCAACAGCCUCGAGUACGACGGCAGCUUCCCACCUUUUGCCACCUAGCUCAGCCCCAAUGGCAACGUUACCUCAGCUAUUAUCUCAACCGCAACCGGUCGCGAUGCCUCAAUUCAUCCUAACGUCCGGUCAAUUGGUUCAGGGCAUUCAAGGGGCUCAGCUUCUUAUCCCCACUUCGCAAGGAAUCGCCACCCAAACCAUCUUGACUAUACCGGUCAGUCACGUAACGAACAAUCAAAUGGUGAAUUUGGCGCUUAGUAACGGACAAGUAGUUUCUACAACACUGGCGAAUCUUCAAUCUUUAGCUCAACCGCAAAACAUGCUUAAUACGCCUACGAGCAAUGUUCCCACGAGCCCCAGCCUGGCAUCGGGAUUAGGACUGAACCCUGCCGCUUUGCCGCAUCUUCUGAGCAAUAGCUCGGCGAGCCAACAACUUCUGAGCGCGAUGCAACCUCAGCAACUGCUUCAGGCUGCCCAAGCGGCACAGGCGCAAGCGGCGCAGGCUGUACAGGCCGCCCAAGCUUCUCAGCAACCGCUUUUAACGACAUCGCCUCAACAGCACAGCCACCGACACACCUCGCAUAUGAAUCAUUACACACCGACGGAAAAACAUCACAGGGAGAGACCGGAGCAGUCGUCGCCAUUGAAUGAAUCCGUGGUGUCCGCCGCAUCCGCUUUGAAUAGAUUGGCCGCUAGCAACGGCGAGAUUACUAUCACGACGUCACAUGUACCUGGCGGUGCUGGGGUAAAGGCUUCUCCGAGCAGUAUGCAUAGUCCGAAGGAAGAAGAGGAUGAUCUCUUGAAUGAUUCACCGAAUCAGCCAACGAUCAAUGAGGCCACUAACAACGUAGUCGAUGGGAUCAAUUUGGAUGAGAUCAAGGAGUUUGCCAAGGUCUUUAAACUACGUAGACUGUCUUUGGGUCUGACACAGACCCAAGUUGGUCAGGCUUUGAGCGUCACUGAGGGCCCCGCAUACAGUCAAAGUGCCAUAUGCAGUGCCCUGGCUACCCAGAUGUACGCUGCCUCGCAGAUUGCCUCUCAGCAGCAAGCUACAUUCGAAAAACUGGACAUUACGCCGAAAAGCGCGCAGAAAAUUAAGCCCGUUCUCGAGAGGUGGAUGAAGGAGGCGGAAGAGAGUGCAUCUGAUUCCAGGUACAAGAGCGGCGUAAAUCAUCUCACGGACUUCAUCGGGGUCGAACCGAGCAAAAAACGAAAACGGCGGACCUCCUUUACGCCUCAGGCUUUGGAAUUGCUGAACGCACAUUUUGACAGAAACACUCAUCCUACUGGUAACGAAAUUACAACUUUAGCGCAUCGAUUAGGUUAUGAUAGGGAGGUGAUAAGAAUCUGGUUCUGCAAUAAGAGACAAGCUCUGAAGAACACGGUACGGAUGAUGUCGAAGGGUGUUGUAUAGGGAAGGACUACAUCCACCGAGCAAUCGGGCAACAUAUGAGAAAAGCUUCCGACUACGGAUGAAGAACACGCUUCGUGAAAUUUUGUCUUGCGUUUUUCCUCUAGCAUAAAUAAACUAUUCUAACGCGAGAACAACUUUCCGUGAUUUGUUACGGUAAUAAGUAAGCGUUUACUAAAGAAAGCCACAUUUAUCAAAUUCGCUCCGGCACGGAAAGAUCGUUCUAGAUCGAAGCGAGGUCCUUCGAAUAUUGUGAUCGCAGGUGUAUACGACAUCUAUAUAUGUAAAUAGCUUUAAUCUACGAAUAUGUGAUGUAUACAUGAGUCGAAUAUCGAAAAUUGAUAAUCUGAAAUCGUUGUCUCUCAUUUGGUACCAAUCCGUCGCGCGCUUCCAAUUUUCAUAGAUAUAUAACCACCGGAAAACACUGACUAACUGAUCCAGUUUCGAAUUUUGAACGAACGGACUAUUGGCAAUCGGUAAGCAUUAACGAACCGAUGAACGUAAAUGCCCCGACGAUCGAAAUUAUACGAACAGUUUGUGACAAGCAACUGUAGAAAAAUCGCUUCUAGGCUUCUCUAAUUAAUUACAGUUGUUUGAUCGCAGCGCUUGUCGGGACAUAUACGUUUUUCGAUCUGUCAUAACGAUUUCCAGACGGAAAAAUAUGUAAAUCGUUGCACGAAUAAUAAUUAAUAUAAAUUUAGCCACCUUUAAAAUGAUUACUUACAAGAAUACUAGCAAGUAAGCGGCGAACGUCUAAACAACUACGUACAAUUGAUUCCUAUACUGGCGAAACAAUCGAAAAAAAUGCAUUCAAAAUGGAAAUACUCGAGGGAUAGCAAUCUUUCGCGCGCAGUAAAAACUAUGUAUUCGAUCGGGGAAUUCUGAGAUAUCGUUGUCGCUCGUUGAAUUACGCAAAUAAAAAUAUCGCUUAAAUAACAAAUACAAAAUAAAAUCAUUGUCUCUAUUGAUUAUAAUAUCAUCCCUUGCAUAUAUUAUAUAUAAAUAUAUAUAUAAAUAUAUACACUGUUAUAACGAGCACGAUAAUAUUUCAUAACUUCGGUAACAAAUCAAUCGAGAGUUUUUGAUGCGCGCGAGAUCUGUAAAUUACAAAUGUAUUUAGAAAUCAAUGAAAUUCCUUUAGAAACUAAAUAAUGCAAUAACGUCUUUGAAAGUAUGCUAUAAACGAUUAUAUAUCACACGCCGCUCCUGAAGUUAUAUUUAAUCCUGUAGGAAAAGAGAGAAAGAGAGAGAAAAGGAAAGAAAGAGAGAGAGAGAGAGAGAAAGAGAGAAAGAAAGAAAUGCAGCUAAGGACAGACAAGAUUCGAGUUUCUGCAAAACUAGUCCGUGAUAAUCUGCCAUGUAAGACGUAUACGUGUUAAACGAGCACGCAUCCUCCGUUCCUAUACAUAUAUGCGAUCCGCUUAUUCGCUGAAUAACGAUAAAGCUCGGACGAAAACUUCGAUUUUAUCAGAGCUCGAUUUCGAUCUGCGGGAUAUUCGAACGAAUAUAAUUCUUCGAUUGCGAAAUACGCUUCUGUGUUUUUUUAUUUCAAUUUUCUAUUUACAAUUACACGAAAGAAAAAAAAA